AUGCCUUCUCUGUCCAAGAUUGCCCUUACUGCGGCUGCUUUUGCCGCCCCUGCCUUUGGCGCUGGCGCCGCUGGCGUGUCCACCAGAUACUGGGACUGCUGCAAGCCCUCUUGCGCAUGGACCGGUAAGGCCGACGUGAGCGCCCCAGUCAACACAUGCGACGCCAACAACAACCCCCUCAGCAGCCCCGACGCCAAGAGCGGAUGUGAUGGCGGCACUGCAUACACCUGCGGCAACUUCUCUCCCUGGCAGGUCAGCGACAGCCUCUCCUACGGUUUCGCCGCCACAGCUCUCAGCGGUGGCACCGAGUCCUCAUGGUGCUGCGCCUGCUACCAGAUCACCUUCACCUCCACCGCCGUCUCCGGGAAGACCAUGAUCGUCCAGUCCACGAACACCGGCGGUGACCUCGGCAGCAACCACUUCGAUCUCCUCAUGCCCGGCGGCGGUGUCGGCAUCUUCGACGGGUGCACCCCGCAGUUCGGCGGUCUUGCGGGCGCCCAGUACGGCGGCAUCUCCUCCGUCUCCCAGUGCGACUCCUUCCCGACCUUCCUCCAGGACGGCUGCAAGUGGCGGUUCAACUGGUUCGAGAACGCCGACAACCCCGCGCUCACCUUCGAGCGCGUCCAGUGCCCCUCGGCCCUCACCGACAUCUCCGGCUGCAAGCGCAACGACGACGCCAGCUACCCCCUCCCCAGCGUCGCCGGCACCGACUCCUCUUCCAAGUCCUCCGCCGCGGCCAGCAGCUCUUCCACCGCUGCCGGUGCCUCCUCCUCGGCUGCCGCUAGCUCUGCUUCCUCCGCCGCCGCCAGCUCUGCUGCCUCCUCUGCUGCCGCCGUCCCCUCCUCCUCGGCCGGCCAGCAGACCCAGUCCCAGCAGACCAGCUCGACCCAGGGAUCCGGCAACACAUCCGCUGAGAGCGCCCCUACCAGUGCUGCCGGUGUUUCCUCCUCCUCUUCGGCUGCCCUCCCCACCACCUCCAAGGAGGCCGGCAAGUGCAAGCGAAGCAACAAGGCCAAGAGGCACCUUCACCAGCACCUCCACCACUAA